GUAACCUACAUGCACCGUCAAUAUAUACUGCUCUUCCCCCUUGAUAUUGUCUACUCACAAAAAUAUCAAUCGAUCACGCAUACUCUUGGACUUCGCAAUGGCCAGCGCUCCCAUUAUAGCUUUCGACUAUGACAUGUCACCCUAUGGCUACAAGACUAGAACCUUACUGGCUUCCAGCAAGAUGCCAUUUCAGCGCAGCCUCCAGCCCAUAGUGAUCCCUCGGCCGAUUUUGGAAAGUCUCUCAAUUACGUAUCGCCGCGUCCCGCUCCUUGCCAUCGGGAAAGACAUCUACUGCGACAGCUCGCUCAUCAUAUCCACGCUCCAGGAAAAAUUCGAUAUUCUCCCGACCUCGCCUGCAGACAAAGCAUACGAAGCUUUUGGCAUCGCCCUUUUCGAAAGCGUCCUCAAAGUCAUACCUUCUGCGAUGCUAACACCAGAUGCCAUCAAAGACCGCAUCACCAUCUUUCAGAUACUCAAGCAUCCGGAUUAUCCCUCGCUAAGACCGAGUGGGUUGGCGGAAGUUCGAGCCAAGUUCCACAUCAUCGAGACUGAAUUCCUCGCCGGUCCGGGACAGUACAUAGGUGGUGACUCGUUCGCACUUGCUGAUCUACACGCUGGAUUCGCGGUGGACUUUGCGCUCCAAGUGCAAAGUCUGAUCAACGGACCCGGCUUCAGUCAGCGUGAUUUUCCACGGAUGUACGAGUGGAUCUCCAAGUGGCCAAAGGCGGAGUUCACGGAGAUGAGCCCAGAACAGGUGCACAAGACGAUUGAGAAUGCGGAUUACUCGGCGCAAGAGAUGGGUGUGGAUUCGAGGGACCCGAUUGGUAUUGCCGAGGGGACUGAGAUCACGGUGGAAAGCGCUGAUGCGGAUCCUGGUGCACAUCCACAAAAGGGGAGAUUGGUUGGACUUGAUGGAAGAGAGGCGGUAUUACAGCUGGAAAGUGGUGUGAGACUACAUUUCCCAAGGGUAGGGUAUGUGAUGAAGGAGGCUAAGACUCAAUAAGACGACUCCUAAAGCAAAGGUGGAGAGAGGUCAUCUUCUUGCUCACGAACUGUAUUGCGACGGAGCACCAACGUAGAACCGCUAGAAACAACCUUUUUCGAUCUUUUUCUUUUGUAGCAGUCGUCUCAGCAGCGAUGCUGGCAGCACAUCACCAGUCCCGAAAAUCUGGUAGAGUUCCUUCUCUGCCUUCAUUUCGUAGAGCAGUAGAUAUGCAGUCAGCAACCUGUCAAUGAUGUUUUAUCCCUUCAACUACCUCUUGGCCCUUUUUUUUGGUUUUCCUGCGGGGUUGAGGCGUAAAUCCGACUC